AUGAACGAUUCAGAGUCCCCACUUCGCUGCAACGUUCGUGUCUCUCUGGCUUGGCCACCCAACGUGCGUGCAUGUGGUUCUUUCGGUCGCAGUCGACAGGGUGACCAAAACCGUGCAGGUUCUUCCGGCAAUUACACCUGCGCCGAACUUGUCGAUUGUUGGCGGAAGUCAGAUCCAGAGUCGGCGGGACGAGGUGUUUCCGCAGGGUGUCUGGAAGCAGCUCCGCCGGACUGGCUGGCCAAGGACGGCCUUCUGUCCCGCUUGGAUUCUCUCGAUGCUCCCGUCCGUAAAGGAUCCCUUUCUCGGCAGUUUGUGCCGCACAAAUCAACUGGACAGGCGCGCGAUGUGAAUGUCAGCGAUGGAGACACACUGAACCUUCCCGUUUCUGGCUCGGCACAUGAGGCUGCGCGCUGCGCGGCCUCUCAGAACUGCAGCGAAGAAAAGAACUCUUCAGCAGUCGAGAAUGGCGCCUCUCUCUCUUCUGAGACGCCCUCAUGUGCUUCCUCUCUUUCCUCUUCACGCUUUCAAGACGCGCUCGCUCUCCUGCAGCGCCUCGCUCCUCCUCCUGUCGACGCCUGUUCAUCCUUUCCGCUUCUCGCUGCGCCUGACUGUUUGCCGUCCUCUACUUUUCUUCGCGAAUGCCCUUCCGUUUCACUUCUCUCUUCUCUCUCCACCGCUCUGUCAUCCAAAGCUGUGAAUCCGCCAGCGGGCGACCUCGCUCCUUCGGCGUCUUUUCAGCCGUCUGCCUCGUCGGCUGCCGCCCCCGCGUCUGCGUCUCCUUCGUCUCCGUCCUUUUCUGUUGCCGCUUCCUCGGUUCCCUCGGAUUCCUUGCCUUUGUUUCGUUCGAGAUACCCCUCCCAGCCUCGCCUCCUCGUCCCCGAGGCCCGCGUGCAUGCAAGUGCACUUGGCACUGACGAGCACGAACCAGAGACACCGUGUCCCCCUCAGGUUCCUUCUUCCUCUCCGUUCUCGUCUUCCUCCUCCUUCCCGUCUUCCUCCUCUUCUUCCUUUUCUUCCUUUUCGUCUUCCUUUUCUUCCUUCGCGUCUUCUUCCGCAUUUCUCCCAUCUUCCGCGUGUCAGCGAGUUGGGUCGGAGCAGGAAGAACGGCAGCCGUCACCUCGACGACGACCUUCGUUUCCUGCUGACUGUGCUGUGGAGGAAACGAAAGGCAUUUUCUUUGACGCAUAUGACGGCGAGCGAAAGCGACUAAGAAGCACAGGGAAGUAUGGAGCCGUGGACGAGAGCGUCGGCUUACGGUCCAUAGGUCUGUUUCUCCUCUCUCUGUUGCCUGACUGUGCUUUUCCCGGUAUUUCAUCAGAGGACGACAUACCGACUUCGUUUGAUGGGCGGAGCGAGAGGAGCCCGGCCCCCUCUGCUUCGACACAGGAACGCCGUCUACCGAGACACGCCGAUGAAGGGAAGCAACGAGGAGGAGCGAACGGGGAAACUUGCCCCGCUUUCCAGGCCUUCAAUUCCCUUGUGGCAGGGAAGACCCCCAGCGCGUCCGCGACGGGCGUUCUGCCUGACCUCAACAAGCGAGCGGUUCAGUCCAUCCUUGACGCGGUUGCGGUGUAUGUACAGUCGAGAGAGCUGGCUAGCCACGAAGCGCCUCUGUCUCCGUCUCGCUCUUCCUCGUCUUCCUCUGACUGCAACGGCUCAGCGAUGAGAGAAAGGCCUCCCCGUGGAGCGAUGUGGCGCAGCGACCGCGAAGAACAACUUCAACCGCGACAGGACUCGGCUGUGCCUCGCCUGGCCUCGCCUCUCUCCUCGGAGUUGUUCUUCUUUUCCGUACUGAGGCAAGUCCACGUGGCGACGACUCCGUCCUUCUCCCGCUCAGUUUCGUCUUCUUCUCUCCCGUUGGAUUUCCCGCAGCGACAGCUCCAUCUCUGUACCCUGAAGGCUCUGCGGUCUAUGCAAGGUUUGCCAGGAUGGGCAGACACGAGUGUCUCCCUCCUCUCGCAUUGGAUCGUGGAUGACCGUUACCCGUUUUCCGGAUGCGCAGAAAAAGAAAGAGACGCACUUCUCGAUGAAGAGAGACUGGGCUUGGCGUGGCAGCUGCUAUGCGGAGAACCCGGCACCCUUCGGCUCCUCUUGGCAAAGCUGAGGGAGACGGCGGCCUCGGAGGCUCUCUCUCUCCAGGGUGAGGCGGAUGCUUUUGCAUGCGCGAGAAACGAAAUAAAGGGGACGGAGAAACAGGAACCGGAGAAGCACGGAGAAGGACACAAAGGGAAAGGCGAUCUGGAGGAAGCGGACGUCUUCCUCUCCGCUCCGCACGCCCCAACUUUAUUUGCCGCGAAAAAACACUUCUUCUUGUCUCUCCUGGACCUUCUCUUUGCCCCUCUGAGCACACUCACGUGCCGAAGUCGAACAGCGGCUCUCGUCGCCUGGAUGGUCUGCGAGAGAAGUCGAAGCGAGGAAGAAGGCGCACGGGGAGAGGAGAAGAGCGAGGAGGCAGAGACGAGAGCGGUCAGAGAGACAGGAGAGACACCAGGCCUCGUGGCGUUGCUGCUCACUCGAGUCUCCGAGGCCUCGCCGUCACUGCGCUCUCUCCUUCAGAGCUGUGCGAGCGAGAAUCUACGGAGAGGAGAUGCGCACGGAGACACCGUUUCUGUGGGUAAACGGCUUCCGAAUCCAGUCUGCAAGGAGCACGAAUCGAGGACAGCAAGCUGUGUUCCGAAAAGACGCGAAGAAACAAGAAGCGAUGCUGGCCUGACUGAGGAGCGAGAAGGCUGCGUGGUCCUGGGCGUGCUGGAGCUUCUCGACGCACUUGUAGAACUCCUCGCGUGCUGCUGUUUCUACAGCGCCGAGGUCUCGCGCUCUGCCGGCCAGGCAGAUGAUCGGCCCCCACGAGAUGGAGAGGUCGAGAAGGAAAAGGUCAUGAACAACGACGCGGGUGAUGAAGAUAAAACCGGUGUGGGUCAGGCCUCGCUGAAGAAAGGAACGCUGCCCGCCGCAGAGGAUGUCUGUCGUGUCCUCUACGCUCUUCAAGCCCCCAAAGUUCUCAUUGCGUGCGCAAGGGCAGACCCCGCGCCCUUCUGUCGUCUCUCAUCUUUCCCGAUUCUCCUUGAAAACGUGCCGUCGCCACUUGCGCCCAACUGCCUAGCUCUCGGGAGCCUGACAAAACUCGUUUCGGUUCUCACCCAACUCGAAUCCUCCUCUUUCUCGUCUUCUUCUUUGUCGUCUUCCUCUGUCUCGUCUUCCUCUGUCUCGUCUUCCUCUGUCUCGUCUUCCUCUGUCUCGUCUCUCUCUGUCUCGUCUUCUUCUUUCUCUUCGUGCGCGUCUCGCUCUGGGACCGGUCCCCCUGCGUCGCCGCAUCUCUCUCUCGGCUCGCAGAAGCUUUCUGUCGGGGCGUCGGAGGGAGGCGGGGCGGGCGUUUCGUCCUCCGAAGCAGUCGCCGUUUUUUCGGCGUCUGUUUUUCACUGUGUUUGUCGCGCACUUUCCUGGAGUGCGAGCGUUCUCGACUGUGCCUGGGAGACCACAGACAGGAGCGGAACCGCGAGCGGCGGCAGGGAUCCUGCAGGAGAAAAGGUCGAUUUCGCGAACGGCUGCUCAGAAGGCGCGCGUGUCGCGGAAGGGAACAUGCGAGAGGGAAGCGAAACGGCCAAAGAAGACACGGAAAAGGCGAAGAACACACGCGAGGCGGCGCAGGACGAGCAGGAAGGAGGCUUUCCGAUUUUGGGGGCCUCUGAAGCAAACGGGCCGCCGGGAGACGCUGGCGAAGCCGUUCGUGAAGAGCACGCGUUUCCCUCGAACGCAAAGUUGGAGACCUGCGAGGGGAGGGGAAUGCGGGAAAAGGAGGAGUACGUCUCGAACUCUGCCGUUUUCCUCGGUGCCUUCUCUCCGCUCCUCUUCUCGCGGUGUCCAGCUGAGUAUGCCGCAUCGAUCGCGCUCUUGACUGACCGCCUCGCAUCCCCGCCUUUCUCGUCUCGCUCUUCGCCGACUCCUGCGUCCCGUUCUGUCCCCUCGCCGUUCGCUUCCUCGCCUUCGUCGUGCUUGCUGUCUCCGGGCUCGGAAGCGUUUGAGCCCUCUUCGUCUCUCCAGGAAGCCGAUGCCGCACUUCACGGGGACGGGGAGACGGGGGACUGGAAACGGCCCUUGCCUCGGCGGGGUCUUGCCAAGAAACUCGUCUGGUCGCUGACCCGCGCGUUGCGCCCUUCUCGCCUGGAGGGUAGCAAAGAGCCUCAGCGUCGAGCGGUCCUCGCCGUCUGCAUCGGCGCGUUUCGCUUCCUCGCGAACGAAGUGGACGAGCUCGGUCGGUUGGUGGCGCAUGCAGGGAAGGAAGGGAGACGCGAGGCGCACCGGAGAGGGCGGCGUCGAGCUCCGCGAGACACAUCGGCCUUUGGAAGCCGAAACGCGGAGACGUGUGCGCAGUCGGAAAGACGUGGGGCAGACGAACAGGGAGAAGACAGGAAGACGCGCGAGGAACGGGACCCACGUGAACUUCCGAGUGGAAAAGAGACGGCGUUUUCCCAGCUCAUCAUUCAAGGGGAACGAGGAGUUGUGGAGGAUCUGUUUUCCACUGUCCUCGCCUUGUGGCGAGAUCUGGUCGGUUCGGGCUUUUUGGGCCCCCCUACGCGUGUCGCCAGCCGGGAGAGACACACUGAAAAAGCGGGGACCAGGCUCAGCGAUCGCGAUCUGAACUGCGUUUCAAACUCGAACGAGGACUUCCGCCGUUCAGCGCCUCCGCGUGGGACAACCGGACAGGCAAGUCCGACAAUCGACGAGGAAGACGCCCUGUCCUCCGGAGUCUCGCCUUUGUCGUGUAUGCCUUCGGCCUCUCUGCUGUUUUCGCCUCUCCACUUGCUGGACGCCCUCCACGGGGCCCUCGAAAAAUCCACACUCUGCGUUCUCCGUGAAGAGAAGAAGCCGCGAGGGGAGGCCAGCGAGGCAGCCGAGAAGAAAAUGGUCCUUUGCCUCCUCGACGCCUUGUGGAGACUCACAGUCAUGACGUGCACAACAGUCUGCUCAGUGACGUCUUUUCCUUCUCGAGCUCCCGCUGCUUCGCUGGAGAGCGAAAAGCGCCGGACCUUUCGUGCACCGCGGAGUUUCCUCUCCGCGUUUUCCAACUGUCUCCAAGAACGACUUCUUCCUCUUCUUCUCUCUUCCGCGCGCCUUCCCCUCUCUUUUCCACUGACCGCGCCGCAUCCUCUUCUCUCGGUUCUCUCUCUCCUCUCCGUCCCGUCUCUGCUCGACGCGUCUCUCUCGCGCCCUCGUCCCACCAACGGCAGAAGACCACCCCGAACGACAGAGGGGGAAUGCGAUGGCGAGAGCAAAACAGGAAAGACGGAGACGGGUCUGUGUGGCCGACCGCUAGACCCUCAAGGCGUCGAUUCAAAGGGAGAAAAAAACGAGAAAAACAACGCCGUUUCUCUUCCCCCGCAAAGCGACAGUGCCAAAGCCAAGCAAGGCCCAAUCCUCACAUCCACACAUGCCCUUUCUUCUUCCCCUUGUUCUUCUUUCUCUUCGUCUUCUUCCCCUUAUUCUUCUUUCUCUUCGUCUUCUUCCCCUUGUUCUUCUUUCUCUUCGUCUUCUUCCCCUUGUUCUUCUUUCUCUUCGUCUUCUUCCCCUUGUUCUUCUUUCUCUUCGUCUUCUUCUGUCUCGUGUUCUGCCUCGUCUCCGGUGUGGGGUGUGUUUGUGGCAUUUCACUGUCUUCUCAUCCGCUGUUGCCGUGCGCUUCUCUCCGACGUUCCGGUUGUCCUGGGCUCUCCCUUGUCUCUGGAAGAAGGCGCUUGCCUUUCCGUGAGCGAGAAGGCCUUCCCUGGACGGGUCGCCUUGGCGUCGCGCACAGGCGCGUCCGUUUCCGUGGCUUCCAAGAAAAGAGGCGAGACACGGAGAGAGAAUCCCCAUGCUUCUCAACGGCAAGCGCCAUCUCCACACGACGAUGGACUGCAGCGGAGGGCGCAGAACGCGACGUUUCCACCGCCAAAGGACGCGGUCGCGUUUCCUGACGCGUCCCGCUCUUCUCGUUCGGAGCACGCAGCAUCCGACCGGCCGCAGUCACGGAGAGAGCUCGAAUCAGCAGGAACAGAAGGCGACGCGAGUUUCGUGACAGGUGCGCGAUUUUCGGGAGGCUGUCGGGGGGGACGAGGCACAGGAGGCGCGCUAUCUUCGCCUUCUGACACAUCGCCAGACAGGCACAACGCCGAAGAAAGAACCAUCUCCUGUGCCUACGAAAUUCUUCUCGCGACUCUCAGGACGCUUACCAAGAUGACAGAUUCGUUCCAAACAAACAGGCGAUCCACCGUUUCGUGCGCGUCCUCGUGUCCUGCCUCUUCCUCUCCUUGUUCUUCCUCUGACUCGUCUUCCCCUGCCUCUCACUUUUCUUCUGGGCGUCUCUCUGCGGUGUGUCCUCGGUCGGCGUCUGCUCCGCGAGCGGAUCCUGAAACGCGCACAGCGAGAGUAAGGCUAAGGCGUGUCGGGACGGGGCGUCUGGAGCCGAGAAGAGGCCUGGCUCUCGCUGCGUGGCGUCUUCUCUUCGACACCGCGACAGUGUAUUCCGAUUUGCGCCUUCCGCUGCUUCUGUUAGCUGAGAAAAUGGUCCGACUGUCUCCGGCAGAGCACAGCGCCGAGGCGCGAGGAGCCCCCGGAGAGCGUUUUCGGGGGGUGGCGAGUUUGGAGACAGAAGCCGCUCGGUCGGGCAGAGAAGGAAGAAAGCGCCGCAUGCAACCUGCGAGGGACACGCAGCGAAAGGGUUCGGAGCAGAAAGCGCGGAACACAGACCAGGGAGAGACCGAAGCGGCCGACGGCCCUUUUGCGUGGGGACAGAUCGUGCGGGAGGUUCUCCUGGAGUUUUUCCAUCUGUCAGCUUCGACGGAAGCGAGGAGCGAGAACCACCAAAGAAGGACCCGACAGGCUUGUCUGCGUCUCUUGACGCUGCGAAGCUCGCCGCCGCUGCAUGUGUCCAGGGUCGGUGGGGAAGGCGAACAUCCCGUUGCGAAACGACGUGGGAGCCGUGAGGAGUGCGGAGGAUCGCGACUUGGAAGCGAGAAGACCAGGCGUCCAGAAGAGAACGACAGCGGAGAGCAAGGCAGAGGAAAAGAAGGCAGACAAGAAAGGGAGAAGAGUGAAGCUACGAAGGUCGUUGCGGAAGUGGCGGGUGGACGAGGGGAAAGGGAGGGAGGGGACGAGAGCGAAGGAGAGGAAGAGAAGAAGAGGAAAGGGGAGAGAGCAGAGACAGAGAGGGACGGGUUUCUUUCGUGGCUUCAGCAGGAGGGAGAAGAAGAAGAAGCGGUUCUUCUCUCUCUCGCCCACCUCGCGGCGCGUCUGGGCUCUCUGCAUCGGGCCGAUCACGGCUUCGGAGCAGAAAGAAGUGGAGACUUGCGAGGGAGGCCGGAGAAGACGUUUUUCGACUGGCCCGUGGACUGCCACUGUCGUCCCUGCGCAGAAGCAAAUCACGUCGAUUGCGUCGACGAGUGA